AUUAGACGUAUAAUAACGUUAUAGUUACAGUAUAGUCGGCGGGCUAAUGUGGUUUCUUACUUUCAACAUGCAUCUUGAGGCCAACUGUUGUGUUUUCUUCCACUCGGGCUUCAAAAAAACAAGCGUUAUUAUUCCCAAGUCUUCAAAAAAAAGAGAGUUUUUAUCCCCAAGUCUUUGUUUAGAGACGACAAUAUUUUUUUCUUCAAUGAACUUCCGUGUCCAAAAAGCACUGGCAGCGCGCCACCUGCUGCACGGGAGUGUGAGUGCAGCCGCUCAGCCGGAAUCAAACAGGGACACUUCACACGUCCCACGUCCCACGUCACGUUUUACCCCCGAGCUCCCGAAAGUCAUCUCUUCAACCUUUCCAAAGAUGGAUUAACCCUCAAGUUCAAGUUGGAUUUAAACGGGGGGCCACAAACGCAACAGCUGGGGGGUCAUUGUCAUGCCACGCCCCCGUGCAGAGGCUCCGCCCCCUUGGUCUGAGGCAGCAGUGUUUUCGGAUGGCUCACCAUUGGAGGCCAAACGUCAAGCCAUGACGCUGACAUGGAUGAUGACGAUCAUGAUGACCUGCUGCUCAGGUGUGGGCGGAGCCUCAGAGCUGUUGUUCCUGAAAGAGCCCAGUGAUGUCAUCGCCGUUGAGGACCGCCCACUCAUGCUGGACUGUCAGGUGGAGGGUGAGGGGCCUGUUUCCAUCACCUGGAGGAAGGACGGUGUUGCCGUGGAAACUAGAGCGCUGGCAAACGGAGCAUUACUCAUCCACAGUUUCUCCGGGAAGAGACGGAGCAAUGGAACGGACGCCGGCGAGUACGAGUGUGCGGCCCGCAAUCGCUACGGCAUGUUAAUCAGCCGCAAGGCCCGCGUGCAGCUGGCAACCCUCCCCAGAUUUGUGUCCCACCCACAGUCAAUGGCGGUUGAUGAAGGGGGCGUGGCUAGACUCACCUGCCGGGUCAAUGGCAUCCCCGAGGCCGACAUCACCUGGCAGAAAGACCGACGCCCACUGAGCACGCAGGACCACAGGUACACGCUGCUUCCUCACGGCGUGCUGCACAUCAACGGCGUUCGCCAAAGUGACAGCGGACGGUUCCGCUGCGCGGCGUCCAACGUGGCCAGGACGCGACGCAGCCACGAGGCCCGGCUGUCGGUCACCCGUGCGGCGUCCAAGACCUACAAGGAGCCCGUCAUCCUGUCCGGUCCCCAGAACCUCACCAUCAACGUCCAUCAGACCGCCGUCUUGGAAUGCAUCGCCACAGGAAACCCACUGCCCAUCAUGUCGUGGAGUCGCCUAGACGGCCGCUCCAUCGGCGUGGAGGGCGUCCAGGUUCUGGGGAGCGGGAACCUGGUGAUCUCGGACGCCAUGCUGCGACAUUCUGGAGUUUAUGUUUGUUCCGCCAAUCGUCCGGGAAGUCGGUCGAGACGUACGGCGCUCGGACGCCUCAUGGUGCAAGCGCCCCCAGAGUUUGUCCACUGGCCCCAAUCGGUUUCCCGGCCAGCAGGGGGCAGCGCCGUCUUCAGCUGCUCGGCGACCGGCGUACCCGAACCCCACAUCAUUUGGCUGAAGAACGGAAAAGUACUCCGUCCUAGCGCCAACGUCAAGCUCGCCAACGGAAACACGACGCUCGCCGUCACUCACAUCGCCGCGAACGACGAGGCCAUCUACCAGUGCGUCGCAGAGAACAGCGCAGGCGCCAACCAGGCCAGCGCCCGUCUUGCCGUCAGCCAAGGACCCCAUCUGCCCGAAGCCCCGAGUGGCCUCAGGGCCGCGCCCCUCAGCUCGAGUGGUCUGCAGAUUAUGUGGGACAAGCCUCCAGACGACGUCAGCCAGCACAUCAUCGGCUAUGUCCUGCACAUCCGCAGACUUGGAGAGGCGGACAGUGCCGAGCUGCAGGAGGCCGUCAGUAGGACCACGUUCAGCCACGAGUUCUCCAACCUAGAGGCGGCCACCACCUACUCCAUCUACUUGAAAGCUUAUUCUGCUCUUGGAGGAAGUCGGCAGUCCAGCGCCAUCAUCUCCACUACACUAGGGGGCGUUCCCAGUCCUCCGAGUUUCUUCACAAAGGUUCUGAACCGGACCGCCAUGCAGGUGUACUGGGACCUUCCCAGUAAGCCAGGAAAGGUGGAGGGCUUCAAGCUGAAGUACUACAGUCUUUCCAAGCCUCUUCUUCAGGCCCAGGAAACCUUUCCAGGACAUAUCAACACGCAUGCCUUGUACAACCUUGAACCCCACUCACUUUAUGAGAUCCAACUGGCGGCGUUUAACGGGAAUGGAGAAAGUCUCAUCAGCCGUCACCUCGUCUCUUUGGAGGAAGACGAAAACAUUACAGCAGCAGGUGCGAGUUGCAAGUGUGAUUGGACCCAGGCGUCCAGGUGGAGUGUGUUGCUGUGCGUCCACGGCAGUGUGGCGUGUGUCCUCUGCUUCCUGUUCUUCAUCCUGCUGGCUUACCGUCGAAGGAAGGCCCCGCCCACUGUAACUGAUGUCAGCACUGCCGCUGAAGAGGCUGAGAUGAGUCAGUGGCCUGACUCCGCCCCCUCCGAAAUGAUUCCACAUCAAUCUCACCUCUCCUGCCCUUAGGCCCCGCCCCCCCCAGCCUCACGUUACUUCACAUGACUAGUUCCUCCUCACUGAAAGCCAAAGCGGACCCAAAGCGCCUUCUCUGAAACCAAACGUGGACAUCUCGUGAUGAACAAGUUGCCUUCUCAAAGAUGAAGCGCUCACAAACUUCAAGUUAAGCCCCGCCUCCUUCAAAGAGAAGCACCUUGACGCCAAACCAUGCGACCCACCUCAAACCAAAACUGUCUGUAGGACCAAAAUGUCUUCUUCUUCUUCUUGUUUGGACGGAGCAUGAGCGGAUGCUGCCGCCCCCUGGUGUCUACGUGUAGCAAUGCUUUAACAUGAUGCUGUUUGACGUUGUAUUGUCGUAAAGAAAAACUUUCUGUCAGGUGAGAUCUUUUUCUUUCCGUAAUAAAAAAAAACAAAAUGUGCAAGUAUUUUUCUUAU